UAUCACGAAAGUUCUGACCGCAAAAAUGUUUCUUGGAUGAACGCAACACUUUUGCGAACAAGCAUACUGAAAAUACAAGUUUCUUUUAUUUUUUUGAAAAUAUAUUCUGUUUACAGAACAAUUUGUGCCGAUGACUUAAUUUAACACAAUUUUCAAUGGUUGACCCAGAAAAUACCUGAUUUUUUUCUACAGCCACAGAAUGUAACCAUUGAUGGUCACAGAUUAUUCAAUUCAAGUUUAUUUGUAUAGCGCUUUUCACAAUACAAUUUUUUGCAAAGCAGCUUUACAGAAAAUUGUUUCUGCAAUAUAUUUAGUAGUAGCUUAUCAGUGGUGACUGUCAAGUUGAUGUACAUAUAAGUGUACGGUAAAAUUCAGUUAAUGAUGUAAUCAAACAAACAAUGAACACUAUUAACAGCAAUGAUUAUAUGUUGCAAUCAAACUAAGAUAAGGUAAACUAGGUAAGAGUGUUCUUUUUUCUUUCCGGCCGUCCAAAAUCUAAUUGCUGUUUAACCUCUGCCUGUUAGUCAUGAGAGUAUGAGACAGCUGCUUCUAUAAAUAACUAAUCCCCUCUCAACUACCUCCCUCCUCGUGCUCUCGCUCAGCACUCUUCUGUUCUUGGGUUGACGCACAUGUUGUUAAAAGAGAGCAGAAGAAACACUCCAUAUCUCCUAAAGGCUGACAGCUCUAAGAAGAUUCCUUGAUCUUAGGAGCUGACAAACACAGCCAUGAAGAGCUUGAAGUUCCUAGCAGCCGAGGGCUUUGUUCAAACUGGCAAAAAUGCGUGUAAGAACCUCCAUUGCUUGUCUUACGAUCUCUACCCAAUCCUCUUCAAAGCCAGCUAUCUGCGUGAGGAGGCCACAGUGCUCCAUGACUUGGUCCAGACGUGGCCUCUGACAGAAAUCAACUUGCUCAAACUGUUGGCCAGGACAGUGGACUGUCCAGAUGAUCUCACAUCCCGCACCUGCAGGCUCUGUCUGGAGGCCAUUCUCACAGGUCUGAGGGACUAUGUGCUUCAAGCUCCAAGCACGUAUGCAAAAAUGUUACGUGUGGUGGAUCUAAUCGGUCUGCAAGACAUAGAACACCAGGUCUGUCCCUGUAGACGGACUCUUGGCCGUUGGGCAAGAACUGAGCUGCUAACCCGCAUGUGCUACGAGUCUAUGGUGUCCAUGCAGGCUGGCCAAGCAGCACCAUCAGCGUUUGAUGUGGAGGUAGAUGUGCGCUUGGAUGCUUUUGUUACUGGACGGAACUAUGAGGUGGUGGCUCAGGCUCUGUUGCUGCGCAGACAUUGCCCAUUAAAACUGAACUGUGUAGGUCUGCGUGUGGACUCGCUUAGCCUCAGGAACCUCUUUUACCUUCUGAAGCUGGUGGAAUCACAUGGCCUGCAGAAGCUGGAAGUGGUGCACAAUGUACAUCUGGAGGCGCCACACAUUGAGGUACUGCUCUCUCAGCUGAAGUUCCCACAGCUGCGCUCGCUCACUUUUCCUGCACAGGCUUUUAAUGUACACAGGUUGGGUGCGGAGGACGAGGGCCUCAUGGGAGUUCUGGGUGAGCUGAUGAGCAAACUGACUGAACUGAGAGAGCUCUGUCUGGGGUUCUCCACACUUACAGGACAUCUGAGGAAACUGCUGAGUCCACUGCAUACUCCACUGCAGCGUAUUGAGUUAGCGAACUGCAGUCUUAACGCAGUGGACAUGGCCUACUUCGCCAACAGCCUGCACAGUGAACACAUAGUAAAGUUGGACUUGAGCGGUCAUGAGGUAGCCGACCUCUUCCCCAACACCUUCCGGAAGCUUCUGCAUCGCUGUUGCGCCACACUCACUAGUCUGGGUCUGGAGGAGUGUGGACUGGAUGAUGAUAAACUGGAUCUGCUCACACAAGCACUGACACCCUGUCAUGGGCUAGAGGAACUGAAGAUCCUGGGUAAUCCACUGAGCACACCUGCUCUGCGCCAUCUUUUUAAUAUGCUGGCACUGGGUUUUCCUGCAUUGAGAUAUGUUGAGCUGCCUGUCCCUCGUGACUGUUAUCCUGAAGGUGUAACCUAUCCACUGGAUGAUAGAACGCUGAUAAAUUAUGACACACAGAAGUUCCAACAAGCCAAGAACGAACUUGUUGGCAUCCUAGAGAGGGAGGGAAAAGGACAUAUAGAAGUCUGCACGCCAUUAUUUGGAGCCUAUGAUCCUGAUAUCAAUGAGACGAGCAAUGAGCUGGGAGUCUCCAUGCUGCAGUCCUUCAACAGUGUCAUAGGAAACUUCAUCGACACAGUCAACAGUGUUACCCAACGGAGAGAGCAAAGAAUGAUGGAGUGAGAGUGAUAUAAAAUUCACAUAGUAUAUUCACAUAGAAAAGUUAUUUUAAAUUGAAAUAUUACUGUCACAGUAUUUGAUCGAAUAAAUGCCUUGAGCAACUGAAAAUGAAAAUCUUACCAACUCAAAACUUAGAGGAAAUAAUGCAAAAAUAGCUGUGAUUAUUUACUUUAUAAAGCAUUUAAAAUAAUGAAUGCAUUACAUGUACUUAUAAAGUAUUAAUAUCACAACUUAUACUGAGUAUUUCAGUAACCAGCCCAGUAUUGGUAUCAGUGACGUUCAAAAAACUUAAAAUACUCUCUUUAGAUUUUCUUUCUAUAUCAAUUUAAAGAGCUAAUGUGACUAAUGAAUCCACAGCACAUAUGAAGGUUGGAAUAACAGAAAUGAAAAUAUGAGUUGCUACAAAUAAUACAUGGGCAUGCAAUUGUGUAAUAAUGUAUAUUAAGGUGUGCAAUAAAGAAUUCAAAGUAUUUACAGCUGUAAAUGCAUAGGAUUUAAUUGUGUGACUACUUUUGUAACU